CUGCGAGCGCGCGAUGCAGGAGCGGAGCGUGCACGCACGCACGCCACGGGAGCACGCGCCAAGGUUUCUCCUCCUGCGCCGAGGAGUCUCGUGCGCGGCCGUAAGCUCCGAUACGACCUUACUACGCAUGCGCCCCGAGCCGCUAUUUAUAAUCUGCUCCGUUCGCGGCCGCCGCAAGGGCUCCCGGAGGAGGUGUGUACAUGGAUGAACUGUGAGGUUGGUGAGUAAAGAAAACGCGGGGGGGGGGCGAGCGAGCGAGAGGAAGGAGAGGGAGAUAGAAUGGUAUAAAAGUGCGCCUGCGCGGGCUGGGUCUUACGAGCUGGUACCUGAAGUGGGGCCAGAGGUAAGAGGGGCCGGACGCGGAGGGAGGGCGCGAGGGCGUUCUCAGCCUGCGGGGGGCGCCUCCGACCCACACCUUUUGCCGGGAGAGGGGGCUGGGAGCAAAGGCAAGGUGGAGACGGCCGUUUUAGCGUUGGGCGGGGGGCGAGGUAUUUUUGUGGAGAGCAGCUACUGUGGGAGAAAUACAGGAAUACCCUGCAAGGGCGGGCUGAGCGGGGUGUCUCCUCAUUUGCAGGGUUUCAUUUCAGCCGAAGCCCUCUUCUGUUUUUCAUCCUCUUCCCAGUUUCGAGAGAGGAUGGAUUUGUGGAGUGUGUGGAAUAGUUUACACAAAAGGGGGCAGUGCCCUUGAGCAUGAACAGAGUGCCACCGCCAAGGAGCCCGCUGUGCGUCUGCAUUUGGGGUCUGUGUGUGUGGCGUGCAGUGAAUACGGUGUCAAGGUAGAAUUCGGGAGUUCCUGGUCUGAUUGACCCCACUCAGCCCCAUAGCAUACUAGGUGACAUUGGGGUCAGUGACAGAUUCUCAGCCUUAACCUGCUGCACGGGGUGGUUGUUAAGAUAAAAGGAGUGUGGGGAGAUAACAGUGUAUGUUGCUUUGAACUCCGUGGAGGAAUAAGGUGGGUUAUUAAGGGCAAGUGAUCUUUUUUUAAAUAUAGAAAAGCUCCCCAAAUGAUGUGAAUCCCAGCAGCUUUUCUUCUAGACAUUGGGUCGCUUGUAAUUGUGUGGAAGAAAGACCCUUAAAGCAGAAGUAUUCAUCCCUUUCACACUCCAGACCCACCAUUUUAUCCCCAACCUGCAGCACUGGAUAAGACUAGUAUUGUUAUCCUUGAGUUGGAAGUGACUCUGGGGAUCAUCUAGUCCAACCCCUUGCAAUGCCGGAAUCUCAAGUACAUGGCCAUCCAAGCUCUGCUUUAAAACCUCCAAGGAAGGAGAGUCCAUCACCUCUCAUAGGAGUUCGUUUCACUGUUUGUUUCACUGUUGAACAGCUCUUACUGUUAGAAAGCUCUUCCUGAUGUAGUAAUGUCCUGUUUUCUGUUGUUUUCAUCUAUACUGCCCUCCUUUCUCCUUAACCUCCACAUUUCUGCUGCACCCCUUUGCCUUCUCUUUUAAAAAUGAAAUGAAAUCCAAAGAUACAAGAAAAGUGGUUCAACUGGGGCACCUGCUUGAGGUUGGGCUACAACCCUGUGUUGCAUCCUAGCCCAUUACAUGAAGGCCAGGGUAUGAAGAAAUCUGAUAACGAUGAGAUAAUUGUAAAAAAAACAAUUGAAACAGAGUUAUGUACAAGUAUUGGGUGAUGUUCAACUAAGUUUUAUUCAGAGUAGUGCCGCUGAAAUUAAUAAACAUUUCUAAGUUAAGGCCUUGAAUUUCAGUGGGUCUGUUCUGAGUAAAACUCAGCUGAAUGCCACCCAUAGGCGAUUGAGGGCUGAAUUAGAGGCCUGGCUUGCAUUCCUACAGAUGGAAAAACAAAAUCUUGAUUUCUAAAGAUUGACAUGGGACAUUUAAAACACUGAAUUUCCAGGCGAAUGCAAAAAAGAGGUUCUGCAGCAUGAGGGGAAGGGUGUCCUCCUGGAAAUAAGCCUCACUGAUACGGGGGGACUCCCCAAAUACGUAACUAUAUAGAGGAUCUGUUUACACAACUCCACCCACAUAAUUGGCAUCCUUGCUAUAUCCUCUACCUUCUCUUUUGACUAGCCAUGUGUUUUCCAGAGUGAGCACUGAAAUUUCUACCCACCCUCUGGCCGUAAAAUAUGGUUGGUGACAUUAGGGGUGUAAUGGUGCUUAUCUGAUGUGGGGGGGGGGUUGUUUGCUAGUUUGGGAAAUAUUUAACUGGAAUCAGAUGCUGAGGCUCUAAAGCAGGCAUCCCCAAACUCGGCCCUCCAGAUGUUUGGGGACUACAGUUCCCAUCAUCCCUGACCACUGGUCCUGUUAGCUAGGGAUGAAGGGAGUUGUAGUCCCAAAACAUCUGGAGGGGCGAGCCUGACCUAAAGUGAAGCAGUUGCUACCUCUAGAAUGGAUGUUGAUACUGCAAGCAGCCUGAAUUGUUCGUAGUUACAGAGUGGUUGUUGUAUAAACACAAUAAACUAGGUUUAAAGGCAUGUUUAAGUGCCUGUUUAUGUUUUUCUUAAUCAUGUGAUGCAUGAAUCUCAUGCACUAAACUGUUCAACUUGAAAUUGCCAAUAUCCUAUAGGUUAAAUAAACAAAAAAACUUGCCCUAAUACUCUUUGCACUAUGGACUAUAUUUAAAAAAGUCUAUAUCUCUCAGGCCUAAGAUUUUGAAAUGACUUAAGAUGUUUGCUGUAUCGUUUCAGAAUGCAUGUUCCCCUGAAAAUGUUUUCCGAAACAUUCAUGAAUUUGUAAUUAAUUAGACUGAUUCCAACCAUGAGUUAUCAAUUAGGCCAUUUUUUCUCAUGACUCCUGAAUCUGCCUAUAUCUGUAGGGUGGGGGAAAGGAUUUUUUUCCAGCCCUGAAUUUAAUUGGUAAUUGAGCAAUCUUAGCCGCAUUCGCACUUCCCUUUCUUCGAGCAGUUACUGCAGUAGUAGUAACUUUUAUUUCCACGUGCAUGCUAUAGUUUUAUCUGGUUUUCUUUUCCCACACUGGGAACCUGUGGGGGUUUUUUACAGCAAAUAGAGAUGUAUUGAUGGUUUUUUUAAGAUCUUACAUCAUAUUUCAUAAGAUCACAAGUUUUGAAUCCUGAAACACUUGGCAGCCUUAUUGUUGGCGCUGCUGGGCUCUUGGAACUGAUACUGAUAACUAAAGUGAGGGGGAAACCCACCUUCUAAACAACCCCAGAAAAAAACUGACUAUGACUGUGAUUGUGAUUUUGAAAACCAGCACCACACAGUCAUUUACAUAUCUAAGCAAACGGUAUUUCAUUUCAGUGAGAACAUGCUUGAAUUAGCUUCUGCCCGUUUUGUAAAGGGUAGCCUUACAUGGCAGCCUUACAUAAUGUAUGUAUAGUAAGCUCCAAAUCAUCACUUUUUUAAAAGGGUGUGGGUUUUUUUGUGGUUUUUUGGUAUGGUAAAAAUCAGUGUGUUUGUGCACAACCUAAAUAAACUGGACAUUCUUUUUACUGCACACGCAGGACCUAAUCACAGUAUCUCUUUUUAAGAGUCACAGAGGCAAGAAGGAGGUUGCAGUGUUUACUAACCCCAAGUAAUACCUGAACUUGUGGAUGUGGGCUGGCCCAGUAUGGUGGGUGACUGUUGACGUAUCAGCAGCUGACCACUUUUAACAUUUACCGGUAUAUUUUUAUAAGCUGGAGGUACAGCUAAGAAAACAGAAUCAUUUUAAAACAUAGUAGGCUGGAAGGGGGGUACACAGCUGGCAACUUAAGUGAGAGAAACAGGGAGGAGAGGAAAUGGGUUUGGGACUCUUAUGAGGAAAUAGAGGAUAAAAUUAGAAGGGAAUCUGGGAGGCAAAAAGGAACCGGUAAAAAAUCAUUUUCAGGACAUGUGGGGCAAGGAGUGGUAAUAGCUUUGGUUAUGACAGAAGACAAUAAAUAUGUCCUUGCUACUAAGCAGAAUUUCCUCAUCCGUUUUCAAAUUGCUUUGAUCAUAUAAUUUCAUCAGAUUGAGGAAAAUAUGCUUGAUGCUAACUGCCAAGCAUGUUUUCUUUUUUAAGACUUGCACAAAACUACAUAUUUUUGUAGGCAAUGCUGUGAGCAGGCCUGCUAUAUAUUAUUCUGUAGUGUUAUUUUGGGGACAUUUCUGCAUGCAUUGUCUCUUACUGCUUAACAACAUUUGUGCAGAAGCCCACAAAAAUAAUAGUAAGAGCAUACUACCAACAUCCAACUCCCAGUAGUCUUCCCCUUCUUACAGCCCCUCUUAUUUCUUUUCUUUUGGGGAUUUUAAGAACAAAUUCAGACAGAUUGCACCUUUACAUUUAGACUAACGUUUCUAUGUUACCAAAGGCACUUAUUUCUUGCAUCCUUUUCCACAUCUCUAUAUUUUCCUUUUUUUUGUUGUUGAAUUCCUGGCUCUUGUCCUAGUCUUUCCACCUGUUUGUUCUUACUGGUACACAAAAACAUUCUACCAAGCAGAUUUUUUGUGGGUGGUCAGUUGCAGUCUGUGAGAAACUCAGUUUACAAGCAGUAAAUGAGGUUUUUCUUCAAAUUAACUGUUUAUGAAAGAAGCAGAUCGAUCUUUCAUGCAACUCUACAACCUACUCCAGACACUGGUGAACCCAAUGCCAGGUGUAAGGAAGCCAAGUAUUUUUUCCACCUCAACUGUAUAUCUGAUUGAAGUGACUUAUUUGUCUAAGUGCCCAUCAUUGUAAGCAGUGCUGUAUGCAUAGGGAUAGACUUGCCUACUGCAGAGACUGGGGCGCACAGAGAUUCUGCAAUAUUUUUCACGCAGACAAAUGUUGACUCCCCACAUUCAGUCCCAUUUGAAGGUGGCUGGUUUUCCCCUCUGCAACAUUUCAUUUGUGCCCCCAUCCCCACUUCAUGAGUGAAUGACAACUACUGUCUUGUAUGGGAGAAAAGGUUGUACAAGGUCAGCACUGGAAUGAAGAGUAAAUCUGCCCCCUGCUCCUGGUGACCCCCCGUUACCUGGAGUGGCAUUUUCAUCUGUGUUCCUCCAUCACACCUAGUUAACUUUUUACUUCUGAACUGAAUAGAAGCCACCCUGCAUCCACACAAAUAGAUCUUCACCUAAGUAACUCUGGUUUGCUCCUUUUUAAAAAACAACAACAACAGGAUGUAUUUCAUUCACAUUGUUUACAGGCUUGGAGCUUUCUAUGCCGAAUUAAGUCAGACAGGUUGUAGAGUUGCAUCCAUCUUGAUGGUCUUCAAUUGUGGCCUCUUAAAUUUCUUUUACAAAGUCAAGGGUUUCUGUUGACUUCUGUAGGUUGGUGUUGGUUCAUGAAAUGCGGUGAGCUGAAAUUCAAAGUCUUUGCCCACUUCAGAUAUAACCAGAAUAAUGGUUUCUUACAAGUACAAACCUUGGGCUCAUACACUCUUCUCCCUUCUGUGUUUGCUGUACAAAUUAGAUUUCAUUGCAGCGAUUCACUUAAUCUGUGGAUGCUUUCACAGAGCUUGAGAACCAACCCAAGAAAACAUAAAUAUUUUCACAAACUGGGAAUAAGCAGUGGCAGUUUGCCUGCAUUCAGUGAGUUCAUGAAUAGAUUGAGAUUUGAACAGGACUUCUAGUUUGUGCUCUUAGUCACUAUACUACACAAGUGCUCGUUAGUGUGUUAUUAUUGCCCACGCAUACUUUGCUUGGAUUACUGUGAAUAUGCAGAGCACAAGCAAGGUCAUAGUUGUAAGCUUCCACAUUUCCAGUGCUUGGCCUUAUCUUAUGGCCCUGAGGGGCUAUUAAAAUACAAGGCGUCGUAGGUUUUAUCUCCUGAAGUCUAUUCAGGGCACUAUUGUCAAUUUAUAAAUGAACUCAUGGAAGAAAAUGGAAUACAACUGGACAGAUCAAUAGUCAUACUGCACAUUCUAACAAAGCCCUUAACUUACUAGGGAAAUUGCUUUCAGACCUCUUGUACAUAAAGCUAACUACUUCUGUGAACUAAUCUGAAGAAGGGAAUCUAAUGAAUAACCAUUCACCUGGUCUUUUGGUCAAGUUCUCUUUCACACUGAUUUUUGGACAGUGAGGGUGCAAAAUUAUCCAAGUGAGUUCUUCAAAAAAAUUAUGCAAGGUGGCAGCAUGCAUGUUUUAAAUGAGAUCUAAGCAUAAAUUUUACAGGUGAAUAUGCCUAGAUGUUUAUCCUUUUAAAAUACAGAAGAGAACAUUUUUCAGUAACUAACAAAACACCUCUACUCUUCUCUCACUGCCUCCAUUUCUUCCCCUUCUAUUUGCCAGGAGGUGAUGGGACCAGUGGCCAUGAUCUUAGUUUUUUUUUAUGUUGAGCUUCAAACAUAUUUUGUGCUCUCCUUUCACCCUCAUUAAUAGGUUCUUUAAUUCCUCCUCACUUUCUGCCAUCAAAGUUGUGUCAUCUGCAUAUCUGAGGUUGUUGAUAUUCUUCCGGCAAUCUUAAUUCCGGAUUGGGAUUCAUCCAGUCCAGCCUUUUGCAUGAUGAAUUCUGCAUAUAAGUUAAAUAAGCAGGGAGACAAUAUACAGCCUUGUCGUACUCCUUUCCCAAUUUUGAACCAAUCAGUUGUUCCAUAUCCAGUUCUAACUGUAGCUUCUUGUCCCACAUAGAGAUUUCUCAGGAGACAGAUGAGGUGAUAGUUUACAACUGUUAAAAGCUCUUUUCCUGUAGUAUCUGUUAUAUGCAGCUAUGAAAUAUAUAUAUAUGCUAGAUGGACUGGUUGCUGACAUAUCAAAGAUGGUCUUGUGUGAUAUAUUUAAUCAGGUAAUUAAAUAGGCACAAGAUAAUAGUGAAGUACUGAGCACUGUUCCAAGGCUAUUGUGACUAUUAUGCCAUUUUUAUUGCAUUUGGAUAUGUAAGCUUUACACAGGGUUCCAUCAGGAAGCCAAAGAAACUGCUGAUGUUUGAAUCCUUCUGUUUCUUAACAGCACUUCUGCUUAUGAUUGGGUGGUAUUUAUAUCACAUCUGUGCUGCUCAAGCAAUGCUGAGUGGUUUUUGGAAAUGCCUUACAUCUUUCCCUUAGUCACAAAACCUUCUCUUUCCUCAAUACCAAUUAUUUGUCUGGGUCUCUGGAGAACUAUUUAGCUCCUGGUGGUUUUGCACAGCCAGCUGUAAUUAAAUGCAUGUAGUAAUCUCUAACAUUCAUUACAAAGAGUUGAAGAAUCUUAAUGCAGGUUUUUAACACCGCUCUAUUUGCUGCUCUUGAGUUAGCUGUGUGGUUACAAGACUUGAUUCAUGAACUCUUCAUAGAAGGCAGAGUGAGGGGUUAGGUGUGGCAUGCCGCAUCUGCCAGUCACACAAUUUUGCUUUUUAUUUUACUACAUUUAGUAGUAACAUGGUUUUCAGAUUGGAUUGCUCCUAGGGUCUGAUUUCCAGGGCAGCUGAGUUCUCUCAGAAUGGAGGAAGACACUUGAGUUCUGAUAGUCCACAAUGGACAUGUGUGCUCCCUACCCUACCUCUAAUUCUCAUACCCACAACAGAAAAAUGUAAUUUCAUCUGUCUUCAGAAAUAAUCCCUAAGUGGAGGAGGUAGCACAAGUAGCUACUGUGCUUGGAUGACUGUUCCUCACUAUGUUGUGAUCUAUGCACUUGAUUGUAUUUGAUCUAGAAAUGUUGGUAUUUGGGCUUUUUCAAAAAAUGAAGUAAUUGUUGGAUUCAUUUAUACGGUAUUGUUAUCAAAGAAAGUGCUUCAGUUGCCUUUCUCCUUGCAAUAACACUGGCCUGAUUCACACAACACACUUGUUGGCUUAGCAAGACCGUUUGAACAUGCUGGCUCCCAGAUAGGACCUCACACAAGCUUUGCUCUUCCUUGGUCUUUCUUGCUGCCACGCCAAGCUAAGCCAAGGUUUGGCUUAGUAUGUCAUCCAAAUAGUGUUAGAAACUGAGAUAUGAAAGCUAGGAGCUAAGUGGCACCUUAAACCUAGGUUAUGAGCACAACAAUGGAAUAUAACAAGAAUACAAAACUGAAAAUGAAUGAACUGCAGCUAAAAUAUUAUGCUCAUUUUUCACAUGGUCCAGUCCCUCCCCUGCCAACCCCCGUAAUAGUCUUAAGAGGGUCUCUUCUCCAGUCUUCAGAGAGUAGCUGGAAGUGGGGAGGCAGAAAAAGGUCCUCCUUUCCUUCCACUCUGCAGUUUUGAUCUAAAAUCUUAGGUGCAGUUCUGCACCCAGAGCUCAGAAACUGCUUGCGCUAAUGAAAUUCCCUGUUGCAAAAUGCUCCUAGAACAGUGCAAGUUUUGAACACUGCAUCCAAACCAGAACUCGUGAGUAAGCAUUCUCCCCACUAAGCAUGAGUUUCAGCCAAGGUUUGUUCUUUGCAACAACUCAUUAUUAGUGAGCAGAAAAUGUAAUCACAAAUCCCAAUCUGGAUGACACCUUGUCUUAGUAUGAUACAGCAGCAAAAAGGACCACAGAGGAACAAAGCGACUAUGAGGCCCUCUCCAGCAGCCUACACAGUCACAUCGUCUUGUUGUGUGAACCAGUUAUACAGUGGUACCUUGGUUCUCAAACUUAAUCCGUUCUGGAAGUCCAUUCCAAAACCAAGGUGCACUUUCCCAUAGAAAGUAAUGCAGAACGGAUUAAUCCGUUCCAGACUUUUAAAAACAACCCCUAAAACAGCAAUUUAAAAUGAAUUUUACUAUCUAGUGAGACCAUUGAUCCAUAAAAUGAAAGCAAUACCAGUAAUCAAUGUACUGUACUGUAAAAUAAAUAAGACAGUAUUGUAGAUGAUAAAAAUUAAAAUUAAUAUAUUUUCUUACCUGCUCUGAUGAUAGUCAUUGUUUGGAUGGGGGGCUUUUAUCUAUUUUCACAAUCACACAAUCAAUCAGUAGCUGAACUGGGUUCCACACAGUCACAAAAACAAAAGAACCGAAAAAGCCUCAAAAACAAAACCACAAAAUAAAUAGCAAAAGCACCAAACUUAAUCCAUUCCGAAAGUCUGUUUCACUUCCGAAAUGUUCGAAAACCAAGGCACAGCUUCUGAUUGGUGCAGGCGCCCCGGAAACAAUAGCUGACAGCCACAUCAGAUGCUCGGCUUCCAGAAAACAUUCAGAAACCAGAACACUUCCAGGUUUUUGGUGUUUGGUAACCAAGGUGUUUGAGAACCAAGGCACCACUGUAUAUAGAUUCAGAGGAAAAAUGGAUCAGGAAGCAAUUGUCACCUGAAACACUGGCUAGGUUAGCAUGAGUUACUGUGAUCUACAUUCCUGUAGUCCUAGUUUAAGUGGUGAGAGAAGCUGAUGCUGAUGUACACAAAGCCUGAGGCAAUUCACAAGGAGAUAAUCGAACUACAUUUAACCUCAUUAAGGCAAUCCAUUGAACUCAGUGCUUCAGUGUUGGACAAUUCCACUACAGAAACAGUAUUUCAUUAACUCUCAUAGAUGAACUGAGAUAGACAUUUCCUUAGGUGAGAGAAUUGUUUCUGUUGCCAAUAAUGCAUGUCUUAUUGUUCAGUAAAUCUAAUGUUUCCUGUUGCUGCACUUGUCUAGAUUUCUGCAUGUCUGUUUAAAGAAAACUGAAGCUUUGCAAAUCCCUUGGAGCUUUUCUUUAUCCCCACAAAAAAAAUCUUUAUGACAAUAAUUUGGAACUUGGUCAUCCUGGCCCCACAGUAGCCUUUCCCUAGUAGAAUGGUCCCUCUUCUAGAUACAGUGGUACCUCGGGUUACAUACGCUUCAGGUUACAGACUCCGCUAAUCCAGAAAUAGUACCUCGGGUUAAGAACUUUGCUUCAGGAUGAGAACAGAAAUCAUGCUCCGGCAGCGCAGCAGCAGCAGCAGCAGGAGGCCCCAUUAGCUAAAGUGGUGCUUCAGGUUAAGAACAGUUUGAGGUUAAGUACGGACCUCUGGACGUCACGCUGCCCACGUGACCCGGAAGUGUCUGCGGACAGCGCUGGCUCCCGGCCUCUAGAGUGAGAUGAGCGCACAACCCUAGAGUCUGUCAAGACUGGCCCGUACGGGCAAGGGUACCUUUUACCUUUUACGGACCUCUGGAACGAAUUAAGUCCUUAACCCGAGGUACCAUUGUACCCAUAAGGAAUGGCAUCAGUGUAAAUACCAUGAAAUUGAUACUUUAAAACCUUACCUUGUCCACUAGUAACAUCCCUUGCUCAAUUCAAGACUGACAAAAAUAAUUACUGAACAAGUGCUGACCAUCCGUGUGUGUGUGUGUGUGUGUGUGUUUAGAAAUCUGGAAGAGCUGAUAUAAACAAGAAUGGGAGCCCUUGGAAAUUAUCUGUUUGUAUAAAGUGAGGUGCCAUUACACUCAUUCUGCUCAUUGCAUUACUUCAAAGAUUUGGGCAUCUGUGUGGUAAUGUGGAUCUGGUCCCAUAUUUGUGAAUGUGUCCUUGUGUCCAUAUGUGUCCUUGUAGCAUUAAUGGUAAGAAAUGUUAGAGUUAAUACAGAAAUUAAGGAAGAAGGGGUGUUAACCUUUUUCACUUCUACAGUAUUUUUGUACUAAUAAAAGAUACCCGCAUUCUCUAAGUUGCAAAGACUUUACUGUAUAAAAUGUCAACACGGUUCUGAUUGAGUGCUCUGGGGGAAUGCCAAAUGGUCUACUCUUCUUAAUCGAACCAAAGAAGGUAUGUUGCCCUUCCAAAUAAAUCCACAAAAGUUAUUAGCCAUAGAUACGCACCUACAUUAGGUGUAUAUGACCCAAAAUGAAUUAAGGAUCUGACUUUUUAUAAAAACUUGAUUGACAGAGAUAAUAAGUUAGCAGGCAAGUGACUAGGCUACAGGUAAGAGCACAAAUCAAGGUUUCACCUGUUCCCUUCUUCUGUAGCUUGCUACUUUAAAAACCACGAUUGGCCUCUAUUUCCUGACUCAGUUGGAAACUAUUAACCAUAGUCCCUGGGUUGUACGCAGUAGGCAAGAUUAACUGAGCCUUCUUGGUCUGUUUACAUUAGCAGGCAAAGAGAAGAGUCAAGUGAGAGCAAAGGGUUUGUGUGCAGGUUGCUCAAAAGCUUGUGCAUAUCCUGGCUUUUUAUCAUACUAUUCUGCCAUGGUCGAAUGUUUAAGUCUACAGCUACUCACUUUUAUAGCUAAAUGAUACUUCUAUGUACAGAGCUCAAAUAUUGCUGUGUUAGAAGCAGGGCUGUUUAGAUCUUUCUGGGAAGCUUACAUUAGACUUCUACAGAAUGCUGUAGAAGAGAAUGUAGGAGAAUGCUGGCUAGCUGGACCUUGGUUUCAUCCAACAAAAUAAUCUCAACUACUUUCUCAGCAAAUUUCUAGCCCUUAGUGUUGCAACGGUAGACCAGAAAGUGGUGCUGUGACUGAUGCAGUCUCAAAAGCCAAGAGGAAGAGGAUUUUCUGAGACUAAUAAAAGAAGUGGCUCAGCUAAGCUGUAUAGACAGGCCAGUUGAAGAGGAUCAGAUUCCCAUCCAUUCAGAUCUGACGGCUGAUAGAGACCAGAGCAUCAUAGUUCUUUGUGCCUCCCUGUGACUAACAAGAUUAAUUUACAUGAAACAAUCACCAGUGUUGUUGCAUUAUUUAAUCGAGUUACAGCACCUGGAUUUCUUCAUAGAAAAUAGUUUUUUGCUUUUCUUGGAAGAGGGGCUGUGGGGUUCACAGUUCUGCAAAAAGUGUUGUGGAGAGUUGCUACUAAAGAGGCAGCAGUCUGCAGUUGGCAAUCUGACCAAAUCAGGGAUGUGACUCAAGACAACCUUACCAGGAACACUUAAUCCCUGUUGGGUAAUCCAUAACAGUGGACUAAAAUACUAAUUAUUUCCCAUUCUGCCUCCUAAUCCCAGCCCCUUUUUAAAAAGAACAGUGAUGCUUCUAGUCUCAGCAAACAGUGAACCUGCUGGUAACCAGCAGUACUGGAAACUGGCUUCUGCCAUUAAAUGCAAACUGUCUCUUGUUUGCAGGGAUUUUACUUUUGUUUUUCUCAGUUCUGCUUUUUGGUCAAACUCUUUGUGCAUAUUUAAAAACGAAUAUAUUUUGCAGAGCGCAGACACUGAGAUUUCAAAAGGUACAGAAGCUCAUGCCAUAAAUAAAUUGUCUUUAAGGUGGCUGCUAUUUUCAAGCCUGAUAAAAAUAAAUGUUCGAGGGCAACAGCUGUGAUUCUCACCUAUGCGCUCUGCUGUAAACCCUGUAUACUUAACUGGAAUGUAUAAGCAGGUUGAUCUGUUUAUGCUGAAGCAGGAGAAAAAGGAACUCUGCCAAAGAGGAAAUUUUGAUUGCAACUGUAUACUAAUAGUAAACUCAUCUUCUGUAUGUGGAUCCUUGCAUAGCCAAGAUGGCACCAACUCUGGCGAGCGGGAGAUAUCGGCAGGCUUGGAUUUGUAGAAGUAUUUUUUUAAAAAGGAAAAAAUAUUUAAGGGGUGAGGAGAUAUUUUUGAAAAAUACUGCUGGGCUAUUUGGGGGGUGGGUGGGAGGAAUAGAAUGGAGUGUUCUGGAAAAGGGCAUGGCUGGCUGGAAUUCUAAACAGAAGAACUCUAUGCUGCAACAGUUCCCACUUGUAACCCUUUAACCAUGUAUUAUAAAGGUGGCUAACCUGUGGCCCUCUAGAAGUUGGAAUUCAAAUACCAUCAGCCUUGGCCAGCAUGGCCAGUAAUAGGGGUGUUGUAGUCCAGCAAGGCAACAGAUUAGCUAUCCCUGAUAUAGAACCUAUACAUGAUAGUCUAUGUAUACCCAUAGAGUGUUGCAUGUAAUGUGUGAUGCAGUUCUGAUUCUCUGCAUGUGCCUGAUAUAGUUUCAAACCAUAUCUCCAUAGGGCUUCCUAAAGACAUGGGUUGUAUCAGAGUAGAAUAAUUGAAAUGAAUGUGCCUGAGUUAGGUUAGAAAUUUUAAUUGGUCUACUUGUGAGUAGGACUAACAUUGGCUAUAUCAUUUGAUCUUACACCAUACUAAUUUUGAGACUAAUGUGGAAUCUCAGAUAUCCAGAUUAAUAUUCAACCAAGAUCUUGAUUUAUCUGGACAAGGACUUGCCUUCAUUGCCAUGCCUAUUUAUACGCAAUAUUUAUAAGCAUGUUUUCCUUAGAGUAGGCAAAGGUUCAGAAUUUUAACAGAAAUGAGACAACACCCACUCUUGGCACAUGAGCCAGUAUUUCAUGCAUUAGUGUAACCUGUUAUAGAAAACAUAUUGAUAGACACUUAAUUUCUUAAAGUUAUCUGGUUUUUAAGUGAUGGAGAACCACUUAACUUGUCUUUUAUUAAGUCUGUCAUAGCACUUAAUACAACAGCCAAUACUGAAUUUCCAAAGCUCUGCUUACAAAAGCAAAUUUGCUUUCCUAUUGGAAAGCUGCUGCUUAAACUUUGGAACUAAACAAUUUAUUGCCAUUCUACAGACAGACUAACUAUGUGCAUGUUGAACGUACAUCCCUGACUUUGUUGUUGAACUCUUGCUCUUCCAAGUGUUGUACAGGCCUAUGUUAACCUGACUUGUUAGGCUGUAUCUUCCAGAGGAUUAGCCCUGUUCGUUACAGCAAAAAGAACCAGAGUCCUGUGGCACUUGAAAGACUAAUUUAUUAUGGCAUUAAUUAAUUAGGCUUUAAGGUACUACAGGAUUCCUGUUUUUAUUUGGCUACAGCUAGUAAAAUCCUUUCCUGCCUAUGACCUAGUAUGCUCACGAAGCCAUUGCAUUUCCCAAAAAGCUUGAUAAUGUAGUCUCCUAUGGCAACUCCUUCCUCAAAAGACAGAGGAUUCUGAUAUGGCAGUAACAUUUGCAUCUUUAUUUUCUGAUGUUCUGUAUAAUUUUCCCCCACCUCCCUGCUUUCUGGUACCAUAUAAAUAAGAUGUGCUGGAAAGGAAUGUUUGAGGCAAAUUACAAUGGUACCUCAGGUUACAAAUGCUUCAGGUUUCAGAUGCUUCAGGUUACAGACUCCGCUAACCCGGAAGUAGUACCUCGGGUUAAGAACUUUACUUCAGGGUGAGAACAGAAAUCACGUGGUGGCAGCAGGAGGCCCCAUUAACUAAAGUGGUACCUUAGAUUAAGAACAGUUUCAGGUUAAGAAUGGACCUCCGGAAUGAAUUAAAUUCUUCACCAGAGGUACCACUUAUUCUUCAGCUCAGUUUACUACAGUUUUCAGCCACAGAACAGUGUAUUGCACAGAUAGAAAAGGUUAACCCACUGAGGAGGGAAAUACCGGUACAUCAGUUUGAAAGUAAUAAGCCAUUAAUUACCUGAGUGAAGCCCCUUUGCAGGCAGUCUGGAACUUGUACUCCACUGCCAAUAGCAGGACAAGCUAGGAACAACUUGUGUUCUUGACACGAAAGUAGCCGUAACCUGUUGUGUGCUUUGUUCUUUUCCAGGAAAAAUUGAAAGUGCUUCAAGGGCCAGAUAAGAUACUUGCUUUUAUGUCAUUCUGCGAAGACUAUCUUAAUAGCUAUGGGUGAAUAUAGCCGCUUUAUAGACUGGGAUAAAAUGGAUUCUACAAUCCAGGACCAGGAUGCAAAGGAACUGACCAGCACAGAAUUUCAGGACCUGAAGCAACUGGCUCGCCAGGGAUAUUGGGCCAAAAACCACUCUUUAAGAGCCAAAGUGUACCACAAACUGAUUAAUGAUAUCCCUUGCCGCACAGUGACUCCAGAUGCCCACGUCUACCGGGACAUUGUGGUGAAAAUUGCUGGCAAACGUAACAGCGGCAGUCUUCCACUUCCAGAAUUUGUGGACAACAGCCUUGUUCCCACUUACUGCCUGAAUGCAGAAGGCAUUGGGGCAGUCAGGAAGAUAAUUUCAUGCAUUGCAAGCCAGUUCCCGGACAUAUCAUUCUGCCCAGCUCUGCCUUCCGUGGUAGCACUUCUCCUCCAUUACAGUAGGGAUGAAGCAGAGUGCUUUGAGAAGGUCUGCCGCAUCCUUGCCUGCAACGAUCCCUCCAAGCACUUCAUUGAUCAGACGUUCUUGGCUUUUGAGUCGUCUUGCAUGACUUUUGGCGAUCUGGUUAACAAAUACUGUCAGGCGGCCCACAAGCUGAUGGUAGCAGUUUCCAAGGAUGUGCUAGAAGUAUAUUCAGACUGGCAACGGUGGCUUUUUGGAGAACUGCCUCUGAUAUAUGUUGCACGGGUCUUUGAUGUAUUCUUGGUAGAGGGCUACAAGGUUCUAUACCGUGUUGCACUAGCUCUUCUCAAAUUCUUUCAUAAAGUCAGGGUUGGGCAGACUAUGGAGUCAGACAACGUUCAGCAGGACAUCCGAGCUUUCGUUAGGGAUAUUGCAAAGUCAGUAUCUCCUGAGAAACUGCUAGAGAAAGCUUUUGCGAUUCGGCUCUUUUCACGGAAGGAGAUCCAGCUUUUGCAGAUGGCCAACGAGAAGGCUCUUCAGCAGAAAGGCAUAACCGUCAAACAGAAGAGGUAAAAGGGAUUCAUACAUACUCCAGAGAGGCUUUCCCUCUCCUCUAGUAAUGCUCUUGACUUACAUGGGAAGUGGAUAUGGUUGCAAAAGCAGAAUAAUGUGGGUGCUCAGUGGAAAAGUAUAGAGACUGUACCAACUUAACUGAAUAAUUACAUGCGUAUGUUUGCUUUUUCAGCUUCUGACAAUUGGGGUUUUAAAGAACUUUAAUUUUUCACAAGGACCAUAGUGGUGGAGCUCUUUUAAUGCUUAGUUCAAAGCACUAGUCAUGUUUUUUUAAAACUCUAAAUAGAUUGUCUUAAAAUAAUCUAAGAGACUGUGACUUCCCAUAUGAACUUGCCCCCUUCAUUAAGAUCUGAAGAGGGUCUUCUCUGCAUUUGCAAAGCCUCAACUACUAAUGGGAGAAGCAGGAGAAAGCCUUUUCUGAUGCCCCACCUAGAUUAUAGAACUCCUGUCAGGGUAUAAUUGUGUGCUUGUUUUGUACUCCUCCCCCUGUGGCAUUCCAACAUUUUGAUAAAAGGCAUUCUUCUUUCAAUAUAUUUUUGACGUGCUCAGUUGCAAGUUACUUUUCCCCUCUUUAAAUUUAUUUUUGUUGUUGAUGAAAUUGUGAUGGCUUUCUUUUAAAAUGUUGGAAGCUGCCUUGAGCAUCUUAAAAAUAAUGGAAAGGUGAGAUGCAUUUUUAUAAUGAACAGAGGCUCAGCAGACAAGUAAAGGCAAAGGUACCCAGAGCAGUUAGGUUUUGUGAGAGAUGCUUAACUUCUGUUUCAGAAUCAGACCUACAGAAGGCAUGCUGAAUGCAGCAAAACACAAUUGUUUCUGAUUUUCAAUAAAAAAGCCUUAGGAGGUUGGAAUUUUGAGCGCAGGAAGUUGGAAGUUGCCUUAUCAUUCCUCUCCUGCCCCUCUUUUACUUGCUGUUUGCUCAAAAUUGCCUUCUGCUUUCUUUCCCACAUGGUUCCAGAUGUUUAUAUAGUAGCUGAGAUGGAUGAUUUUGAACAUAAAACAGCUAGAGAGAAAAGAGUAACACACCCCGUUCCCUUCUGCCGGUCUUCAAUAGCCUCCUAAGGCUACUUUUCAUUAAAAGUUAUAAUGAUUUUACGACAUAUAUUUGUGUUACAGGUAGGUAGCCGUGUUGGUCUGCUGAAGUCGAAACAAAAUAAAAAGAUUCCUUCCAGUAGCGCCUUAGAGACCAACUAAGUUUGUUAUUGGUAUGAGCUUUUGUGUGCAUGCACACUUCUUCAGAUACUUCUUCAGAUGGUAUCACCGCAAAGAAAGGCUAUUUAUCCCAGGGGGUUAGACUAGAUGACCCUCAGGUCCCUUCCAACACUACAAUUCUGUGAUUCUACAAUUCUGUGACCUCAACUACAUUGCUUGACUGUAGAUUGCUCUUACAGAAAUUCAGUUGUCCAAUAUGCAAGAAAGAGAAACACAGUGGAAAUGGAACUGGUAUUAACUAUGAACUAAGGCAGAGGUUUUUAAACUGAUCUGUGAGUUGCAUUUGGGUGGCCUGUGGAAAGGCUGUGUCAUGGACCUGCGCCAGUAGCAAAAAGUGCCAGGCGCCCAGUUAAUUUUGAACACUGGCUUACAAUCUAUAAAGACAAACCUAAGAGAAAUGGGGGAAAGGGCUACAGCUAAAAGUACUAAAACUGGGCAGAGUUAAGUGCACGAGGCAUCUUUGAUGAAAGAGCCCUUUAAGAUGUUCCGCUGGGGCUUAUUCAGCUGACAAGUGUUUGUGAAAGCCUUAAAGUUUCUAUAUUCUUGUCAGAAGCAUUGACAUUUCAGAGAUUUGGGUCAGUGUUCUAAAUAUUCCAUUUAUCGUUAGUAGAAAUGGCACAAGACCAGUGGCUGACAGGCAUGAGAACGCUGUGCUUUUGUAUAAGCUGAAGAACAGCUAGUAUUCUGUAAUCACAGAAACUUGAUUGGAGGAAAUGUGUUCUGGUUGUGUGGCCCAAAAUGUAAAGCUUCAAGGAGCUUGGUUAACAGCCUCACAAAUAGUUUCUUAGCAUUUCACACAUGCAAAUGGUUUGGUUUUUGAAAUUAUGAAAUUAUUUUCCAAGGGGAGGGGAUUCCAUUUUUAUGUUAACUCUGUAUUUUUGUAAUAUUUUGUUUAAGUUGUCUGUUGCUUCAUUUUUUGUACACCACUUAGAUAUAUUUUUAAUACAUUAAGCGGUAUGGAAAUUAAAUAAUCCAGAUCAGAUCAAAUGAAGUCAAAAGGUAAGUACCACAGCACUAAAGACCCAAUUUCUACAUUGUGCGAAACAGGAAAACCUCAACAACAGAGCGCAGUCGCGUAUAAGGAGUGAGAGUAGAAGGGAAGGUUGAAGGGCAAGUUCAGAAGUCAUAAGCAGUUAGGUGAAGAGACAUUGUAUAGAAAGAUAAAUGUGAUAAGAGAAUUGAGGAGGAAGAACUGUGAUACAAUGGUUAGGUGUCCAUCUGUUCUUUAAUCUCGUUCAUUUGACUUCAAAUCUUACUCUUGAGUUUUUCUCUAGACUCUAAUUUACUGAACUUUUCUUGAUUUCUCUCUCUUUUGUCUCGUACUGUCAUUUCCCUGUCUGCUGCACCCCUCCUCUUUGCAGCAUUGCAUCCCCAAAAAGGUAGGUUUCAAGAUUUGAAUACUCCACGCUUUGCUUUUCUCUUCUGCCUUGGCUUGACUUCCUAAUGGCUGUUAUCGCGGCUUAUGCUUGGCUGGUUAUGCCAGUACUUACUGCAGUAUCAGAUGGUGGGGAAGCAGGAUGGGGGGGUUGCAAUUCACAAAUGUCUUUCCAGAGCUUUCAACAGUCCUGCUGUCAAGUAUGCUGUACAAGGUUUGCAUUCUAGUCUAGCCUUAUUUCUCUGCACUUUCGUGAGGAUUUCACUGGUGAAACACAAGCCUAUUCUAACAUACUGUAGGGGCUACUAGUCUUUUGUUGUUAAAAGAACUUCUGAGCCAUAUAGUGAUAGGCAGAAUGUUAAACAUGAAGUUGCUUUGUGUGAAUAGAUAAAGAUUGUUAAUAACUGUAGUACAGGCAUCCCCAAACUCGGCCCUCCCCUCCAGAUGUUUUGGGACUACAACUCCCAUAAUCCCUAACUAACAGGACCAGUGGUCAGGGAUGAUGGGAAUUGUAGUCCCAAAUCAUCUGAAGGGCCAGGUUUGGGGAUGCCUGCCCUAGUAGUACAGCCCAAGAUAGUUUUGUGCCUAGGGAGGUGUUCAGAUGAUCUGGUAUAUAAAUUCCACUUAACUAUGAUAAGGGUAUAUUGGCUGCAAUUCUUCAGAUAGCGUUAUAGGCAUAAAGUACCUUACUCUUACUGACAGGGUUGUAUGUUGCCACUUAUAUGUCUGAAGGUGGUUUGAGGACUAAGGCCGGGUCGCUAUAUGGGAGUCAUCCUCCCUGCCAUUCAGACAAGCACAUGUGGUAGGUGUAAAGUCCCUCCAUAUAGUGCCUAUACAUUUACAUGUUCCUUGUAUUUUGUUCCAUCUCCUAGCUUCUGACCACCUCUGCCCUGCUGGUUCAUACAUAUGCUGGUCAGUCGGUCUCUCACAUAUGUGCAUGGGUGUGCUCUCGCACGCGCACACACACAAAUAUAAGCACUUAUUUUGUCUGUUUGCGGCUUUUAUUAUUUCAUGAUACUAUCCUUCAUUUGCCUUCUCCUUUUUCCAGAGAGUCUUUCAAAAUAAAUGAUGGAAAAGUUCCUAGGCCCAUAUUGCUCUGGGACAUGUCAAGCCUCCUUCACAGCCAGAUCUCCUCCCGGGCUUGCUCUCAGUGAGCCUUGACCCUUGAAUCUCCCUAAUUUUUUUCUUCCCUGAACCUUAGUCAGAUGGCUGCACAUGCUGAUUCCCUAUCAGGGUCGUCUUUGUUGCUCAGACUUCCCCUUAGUACAGGCAAUGACUGCUUUGCACAAGUUAUGUUCCUGACCCCCUUGCAUGUUGGCGGAGUGCACAUAAGCCAGUUACCCUCCCGCCUUUUUUUCAGCCCCUUCUGGGUUGUGGCAGUGCACAUGUGCGCUGUCACCUGUCAAUUAGUCAUUGCCUGUAUAACACCAGUUCCUUCCUUCUUAUUUUUUUCACCUUGGAAGCAACAGAAGCACAUUGUACUGGAAACUUGGAAGAAAGCACCUAAGGUAGCCUGGUGACAAUCAGGGGCAUGGCUCAGUGCAUUAAGGCAUUAACCAAAAAGAGCUUCCUACAGCCCAUGCACAAAUACAGAAAAUGAAUGCAACACAUGAAGGUGUGACUAAGUGUGGAACUAUUGCCUGCAGCCCAAAUUGGAUGAAUGGCAUGUUCUUCCCCACCCUCAGUUAAGCUUGUUUCCAAGAUCUUUUUAAAAGUAUACAAGCCCAUGUGGUAUUCAAGCCCAUAACUGAGAAGCCAGUAGUGAACUUUUAACAAAUUUCUUGUUAGCAGCAGUGCUUUUUUUCUGUGGGGACUCAGGGGUACACGUACCCCUAAACAUUUUGUGAAUCUUUGUACUUUUGUCCAUUUAGUGUAUUUAUUUUUCCCAAUUUGAACCAUAAAAUGGUGAUUAUUAUUUUUUGAGUCAAAAUGAGAGUACCCCUAAAAAAAUUUGUUUAGAAAACAAAAGUACUGGUUAGCAUCAUGUUUAUUAAUCACUCUGCCACAGGUAGGUACACAGUCCAUGUGCUUUGGUAACAAGACAUGAGAUUCAUGUUAGCUUGAGCUGCCUAAGCCUUGGUGGUUUUAAGGCUUAGAGAUUAGUGAUAAAUUGUAGCAUGCACACUGAACAGAGCAGCCUUCACAAGUUGUAGAUCAUGCUUGGAAGGAGACUAAUCAACAACCUGAUAAUCCUCUGCUGAUAUCAUGCAGGCUCCUAUCUGCAGUGCUUUAGGAAGUACAUAUAACUGGCUCUGUGGCUUAUCUGUGCUGAAGGGAACACAUCCUGCCCUUAGCAUAUACAGUCAAGUGUGCAUUUUGAUUAAUUUCUGGUUUAAGGACAAAACAUGAGUUGCUUCAGAAACGGAGCCACACCAUUUCUGAAACUGUCACUGUACUUCAGUUAAAUUUUGAAACUACCCAUGAAUGAGAAUCCCAUUUCCCUCACUUAAUUAGAGAUGUGCAGGCGAUUCCGACUAAACAUUAGGACAAACUUUCUGGUGGCAGAAGAUGUUUGACAAUGGAACUGGCUACCUUGGAGGAUGAUGGAGGUGAUGGGAGAUUUUUUAAAUGAGGUUAGAUGGUCAUCUGCCAGGGAUUCAUUAGCUGAAAUUCCUGCAUUGGAGGGGAUUGGACUAAAUGACUUUGGGUCCCUUCCAACUCCCCAGUUCUGUCAUUCUAUUAGCUGCUAGUUUUCUGCAAGGUUUACAGUAUGCAGAUGUGUCCAUAAUAAAAUGGACAGGUGGCUCCCCCCUUUUUUUUAAAGAAUGCCUUUGCACUAUAAGUGGCCUGCAUGUCAACUCUUCUUCCUAGCAUGUACUGUAUAAUAACUCCAAAGUUUGGCUUGCUUCAUGGUACAGUUCUUGCAUAUCUCUGAUAUAAGCUGUGAAACCUGCAUUUAACUCUAGCUUGGCUGUCAAAAAGAAUUGGCUAUAUUUCCUUGUCACUGGCUUGUAUGUCAUCCUCCUGUUUUAUGUAUUGGCUUCCAGUGCUUUGGAGCAACUGAGCCUUCUGUGGAUUCUUUAACUCCAUGGAUAUAGCCACAUUCAAGUCUGUUUUCAUACUUGGGCAACAGUUGGAAAAGAAUUUCCAUGAGUGGCACAUAGCUCUGAAUAUAUUUAUGGUUGUACAGUUUCCUCUGUAAUGGUAUCACCUGGGGCCCCUGCUGGUUUUGAACAGCAGUCAUGGCUGGGGAAGGGUGUUUACAUCAAAACCUUCCAAGUGAUUUUCAAUGGCUAUAGCUUUGAUUGGGAAAUUGGGGUAGCUUGUAAAUAUGUCUACCAAAUCAGUGGGGAAACCAUGAAAGGGCAAAACUGAUCCUAGUUGCAAGGUAACAACUUAUGGUAUAGUAGGUUUUAAAAUUUCCCAGAAUUCCCACCAUUUGAAAAUCUGUAUUCUUCCUUGGGGACACAAAAAAAUGUACAGCUAUCGAUUAUUCACAUGAAAAUCAAAUACAGAAAGAACCGUAUUUUUUGCUCUAUAAGACUCACCUUUUCCCUUCCAAAAAGUAAGGGGAAAUGUGUGUGCAUCUUAUUGAGUGAAUGCAGGCUGCACAGCUAUCACAGAAGCCAGAACAACAAGAGGGAUCGCUGCUUUCGCUGCGCAGCGAUCCCUCUUGCUGUUCUGGCUUCUGAGAUUCAGAAUAUUUUUUUUCUUGUUUUCCUUCUCCAAAGACUAGGUGCGUCUUGUGGUCUGGUGCAUCUUAUAGAGCAAAAAAUACGGUAACUUCCUGUUAUCCAUGUAAAAAUGCUGAUUCGUAUUUAAGAACAUUAUUUUGACAAAACUACUUAGGGCUGCUGAGAUCUGCACCCUUAUACAGAGCUAAACACCACAGCAUUAAUAUGGAUAUCAAGCCCUCCUAAUUUCAAGCUGUGGGCGACUGGAAACCCCUUAGUUGUUUUGCCCUUUUAUUGUUUUUCCUGUGGUGUGGUGGUGUCCUCUUUCUGCUCAUAGAGUUACUAGCCCUUCUGCUAGUUUCUUUGUUAGUCAUUUACAAUGCAUCUACAAAGGGAAAGGGAAAGAAAUGUUUUAAUUUGCCAUAGGCAACAAGUUGAGGCCCGAAUUGGGCAGUAGUUGCUUUGGACAAAUGCCCAUGACUCCAGUCUUAACACCACUUUUCUGUCAUUCCACAGACAGAAUGUCCAUUUGGCAGUUCAUGCUGAGAACUUCAAGUCUGAAAUAGUUGAUGUAAAGAAGAUGAGAGACAUCUGGUCAUGGAUUCCUGAGCGCUUUGCACUUUGCCAGCCACUGCUGCUGUUCACCACCUCCGAACAUGGCUGCAGCUUAAGCAGGUAAAAUGUAGUCAGCACUAUUUUAAAAUGAAUCUUUGGUACUGUACGCCACAAGAUGAUGUAGACAAUCAUAGGCCAAUUCUCUUGGCAAGGGUGCUUUGCUUCUGAUGUAUGAUGAAUGUUGCUAGAGUUGUCUUGCCUUGCCUUGCCUUGCCUUGCCUUGCCUUGCCUUGCCUUGCCUUGCCUCAACACAAGCAGAGUUUGUAGGCUGGCUUUACAUUGAAUGUAUGUUGUUGUGCUAUCAACUCAUAUAGAUCUUUUUUCUAAGUCAAAUCAUGGCUUAGUGUGAAAGCAUGUGGUCCCAGAAAGGCGAUUGCAGCUGCUUUCCUCCUCCCUGGCCAUCCUGCUGUUAUUGCCAUGGUUUGUCUUAGCAUGUCAUCUGAACAUGGGCCUGUGGUUUGUCUCACUUCAGACAAACUGCAAUCUGUAACCAAGAUUCAUUCUUGGCUUACAGUUUAAGGAGAUGGACCACGAACCCAGAUUUGGAUGAUGUGCUAAGCCAAACCAAACCAUGACUUGGCUCAUAGAAUGCAGCAACAGCAGGACCAGAAAUCAAGCAGCCACAACCUUCUUUCUGGGAACCUGCACAUUUGUGAUGUGCUGUGAUUUUGCUUAGCGUUAUGGACAAACUGAGCCAUAGACUAUGCUGUGCUAUAGAACUGUGGAUUUUUGCUCGCUCUUCCUUAGCUGAGAGGCCUAACUGUAUGCUAAAGCAACAAAGAAUGUUGUGGCAUUAAAAAACCUAAGACGUUUAUUAUGGCUUAAGGUUUUGUGAACUAGAGUCUGGUCUUUUAGCACAUCACCCAAACAGUUUUUAUUGUUGAUUAAAGAGGCAGACAAUGAACUGGGACUUGAUUGGCAGUGUAGUGUGGAUGCAAAAAGUGUGUGGAUAGUGUGCACAGUUGCCAAGACCAGCAGUGGGAUGUUUCACUAAGGGAGCAUCGUUUUAUAUGUAUUUUUAUCAGGUUCUAUUCGCAUUGCGAGGGACAUGAACCAACUCUCCUUCUGAUUAAGACAACGGCCCAAGAGGUAAGUUAGCAGGACAAGUAGCAGCUUUAUAAAAGACACUUUAUAAAUUUCGUGAUUCACUAAACUGCUGUCCAUCAAUUAUUGUAGUUGCCAUAGACAAAAAAUGAAAUUACUCCUUAGAACUCUCCCUGGUGUGCCAUUUGUGCCUUGCUUGCUUAAUAAAGCACAAUUUAGCUGCUUUCUUUGGAAAUUUGAAUUUGAAAUUCCACCUGUUUUCCAGGUUGACGUGUUCUGCCACAGACUCCCUUCCCCUACCACUACAGAGGGGUGACUUCAUCACAGUGCACACACUGCAGUAUGUGCCUCCUGCACAUCUCAGAGCUAUUCAAAAAGACCCAUAUACAUUCUCUUUUUCUCUCUCCAGGCCCCUGUUGAUACUGAUAAUGACCAGUCAUAAAAUGUGACCUUGGUUGACAGCCAUAGACUAACUAAAGAUAUAACUUGCUACUCUCAUACCAGGGCCACUUCAGAGGCAAACCUUGGUUUGCUAAAUCCAACUGUGAGUUGCUGCUGUUGACAAAUUUACAUGUUUGAUUUGCAUUUCACACCUAAGGUGUGUGUUAGGUGUGCACCUACAAAUGUUGUAAGAAGUGUCCCUUUAUCUACCAGCUUUGAUACCUUUCAGUAUUACAGCUUCAAGUGUUCGAACUUCUUCAUUGUUUCUCUAAAAUGGUGGCUAUUACUAUCCUAGGUCUGUGGGGCUUAUUUAUCAACCGACUGGAAUGAACGCAAGCGAGGAGGAAACAAGCUGAGCUUCUUUGGAACAGGGGAAUGUUUUGUGUUCAGGGUAAGAAGCAGUAAUGUUCACUCCUUUUUUUAAAAAAAAAUCAUUUUUAUUUGAUUUUACAAAUAUAAAUUUAUAACAAUCCAAAUGCAUAUCCAUAUAUAGCUAUAAGUCUGAAUCUCACCACUUCCCCCCCAUACCCUCCAUAGGUCCUGUUGUCAACAUUUAUAACUGCAUAUUAUUCCAUAAUCUAUAUUUUGUUUCCAUCCAUAUUAUCCAUAGUAUUUGUUACAUUACAAGUGAGAUUAAAAUCCUGCUAAUGUUUUCAUCUGCUUGCAUAAAUAAAUAAAUUAUAAAUAAAUAAAUUAUAAUUUCCCCCCAUUCUUUUUUAAAGUUUUUGUCCUCUUGGUUCCUGAGGUUUCCCAGUCAGCUUUGCCAUUUCAGCAAGGUCCAUCAGCUUAGCUUUCCAUUCCUCUCUGGUACCACAGAGUAAUCAUGUUUCCUUUUACCACAACCACCCCUUGCCCUUGGGGAACAACCUACUGAUCAGUUUAUAAGACUAAACCUUGCUGCUAUUAGCAGCAGCAGCCGUUUAACCAUCAUCAUCUAUAUGAAUAUGGAGCAAACCUUUCCCCAAGUUCAUCAAAAGUCUUCAUUAGGCUGAAUGUUAUGAUAUUCUACCGCAAUAAGUGUCUUGAUUAUUGUUGGGUGUCACACUUUCUCUACCACGGUGUAUGAUGCAAUGUUGCCAAACUAGGAAGUGUAGAUAUUUUGAAUUUCAAGCUUGGGGCAAGUGACCAAGGUAGUAUCGGUGCACAUGGAUUGUUGAUGAGCUACCAAAACAAAUGUGUCACUCUGAAGUUGGAAGACAACUGGAUUCAGUUUGCAUUUAAAGGUGAACCUACCAAAUUUGCACUUUCAAGAAGCAAACCAAAACACAGCCAUCCUUCAAAAUUGACACUUCUCUGAAUUCUGCCAUGCAGUUCUUCAGCCAAGUAAUGUAUACAAGAACGUAUAAGCUAGUGUGCAUAUAAAUAUAUAACAGUGAAAAUAAUAUACAAGAAUGCAUUAUAUCAUGGGAUAUUGCAUAGAAAAAUGUGUAUAUUAGGAGGAAUUCACACUGAAAUGCUGAUAAAAGCCUUUUUAAAAAAGUGAUGUGGAAAUGGGGAGAACAGAACUUAAGAGUGGGGAGAAACAAGAAACGAAAAGUGAUAUAUUCCCCCAUCCCUAGUUGUAAGUACCUUUUUCAGAUUCACUUAACACACGAGUCUUUACAAUUAAAGUGGCAAUCAAGAGGGUCACCAAAUGAAACAUUUGAGUAGCUAUCCUGAUUUUGCAAGAUUCCUAAUGCAAUGUCAGGGAGAGGUUGUGCAAUAUAACUGCCAUAAUGUCCUAACACUUCUCUCAUGCAUUGAAGUCCUGCCUAGAAAGGUAGGCCAGAAAUACUCUAUAUAUUGGCUGCUGAGCAAUCUGAAAGCUGCCCCCCCCCCGUUCUCUACAAAUAUCAAACUUGAUUAACGCCUAGCAAGGAGACCACUGAAAGUUGCUCUGAGCUUUACUAAAGGAACAGCAGGUUAUCAAUAUAAUAACUUCCCUUUUUAGUGCCUGCCACAACAUUCAUAGUGCAAAUUCAUUCUGAAAAUCUUUCUUGGGAUGUGAGUCAAGUUCUGGCCAUCGGGGGGGGGCGGGGGGGGAAGAGACGCCAAGUGCAGUGCAUUUUCUCUGAAGAAUUCCUUCGUAACUCCAUCUCUCCUCUCGUCUCAUCUCUCUAGCUGGUGCCUGAAGUGGAACGCUAUGAGUGGGUAAUAAUCAGGCACCCAGAGCUAGCCAUGACAGGACCUGAACAAGGGAACAAUUCCUCCCAUGUUUCUGACCCUCCAUCCGCAACCAGCCUCCCCUCGGACCCCUCAGACCGCCUUUCCCCCUUCCUUUCUGCCCGGCACUUCAACCUGCCUUCCAAAGCUGCAUCCAUGUUUAUGGCUGGUGGAAUGGAAUGCAUCAUUAUAGGUAAGCCUGUGCUCUUCUGUUGCUGCCUCUUGCAACAGCGCCUUGUAGUUCUGUGUAGGGGCACAAAGGGGUUUGCACUUUUUAAGACUUUUAUUCCUAAAUCAUCUUUGAAUCUGGGUUAAAAUGAAAGAUGGAGUAGGAGAAUGAUUUUCAUCUGAUAAUCGAGCUGCAGUUAGGCCUGCAAUGUUGACAGUUGGCGGGGGGGGGACUAUAAUAAUAAUAUAAUAAUUUAUUAUGUACACCCCACCCAUCUGUCUGGGUUUCCUCAGCCACACUGGGCGGAUUCCAACAGAGUGAUGAUGAUGAUGAUGAUGAUGUGGUAAAACAAACAUUAAAAACUUCCCUAAACAGGGCUGCCUUCAGAUGUCUUCUAAAAGUUAGAUAGUUGUUUAUUUCCUUGACAUCUGAUGGGAGGGCGUUCCACAGGGCAGGCGCCACUACUGAGAAGGCCUUCUGCUUGGUUCCCUGUAACCUCACUUCUCACAGUGAGGGAACCGCCAGAAGGCCUUCGAAGCUGGACCUCAGUAUCCGGGCUGAACAAUGGGGGUGGAGACACUCCUUUAGGUAUACUGGGCUGAGGCCAUUUAGGGCUUUAAAGGUCAGCACCAAGACUGAAUUGUUCUCGGAAACGUACUGAGAGCCAAUAUAGGUCUUUCAGGGCCGGAGUUAUAUGGUCUUGGCAAAUAGAUUCAGUGUGCAAUAUUUUAUCUAUUCUGCAUCAGACUCUUGACCUUCUAAAAGCUAAAAUAUCCAUAAUUGAAUGCUCUGCAUAUGCUAGCCUUCACCAACGUGGUGCCCUCCAGAUGUUGUUGCCCAAAACAUCUGGAAGGUGUCAGGUUGGCAAAGACUGGUAUACACCUUGGAUUCUGAGAGAUCUAUGAACUCUUAACUGUAGAGCAGUUUGAUGGGGUGAUAGUGUCUUCUCAUAAUAUAUAUUCACAUGUUGGGGCAGCUAAAAGCUGUCAUUCUGUGUCUCCAGAAGUAGUGGAACUGAACAUGUGAUUGGAGCCACUGCUUUGCAUCUUGAUGCAGGGACAGUGUAACUGUGGUCUUUUCCCCCGCAGGCGGAGGCGAUGGUCAAGCUCUCUACAUUGACGCAGACCUGAACCAUGGAAGAACUGGCCACUGCAACACUUUCAACAACCAACCAUUGUGCUCUGAAAGUUUCCAGAUAGCUAUCAUAGAGGUUUGGGGUUUCAAGGACACUAUGAGCAACUGAGGAGAUAGAGCCUACUUUCAAAAACAGCUAGCUCGUGGAGCAUAUUAUGAUUCUGACCACAACUCCAGUUGCAAGAAUCGAGCUUAUUUCUGAAUCCACAAAAUCAAUAGGCUCCUUUUUUGUAAUUUAGAAAGCUAAUUUGCAGGGCUCACUUAGAUGCAGGGGCCUCAUUGUUCAGCCAUUGAAGAAUCAUAGGCAAUUUGUAUUUGGCUAAGCGAUUUAUCCUUGACCUCCUGUUCUUACCUCUGGAAACCUUUAUGCAUAUCCUGAUAUUUUUGGUAGCAAGAAGGUGGCCUCACUGAAGUAGCCAAGUUGACUUUUAUCCGUGUCAGAGCCUUCAUGAGGCCAGAUAACAUUUCUUAUGUCAGCAGGUGCUUGUUGGUGACUGGAUUUAUCCAGCAGUGUAAUUUUUCUUCUUUUGCAGAAGCUUCUAAUCCCUGCUAACGUUAGCUUGGAUACAGAGUGACUCCCAUGCAAUCCAAACUGAUUGUGUUGCCGGUUUUUCUCUCCUCCCAACUGCAGUCUUGCUUACUGCGUGCCACGCCAACCUAGAGGCUUCCCCAGAUCCUCAGGGGCUGCAGCGGGAAAGGGAAGGAUGAGAGAGACCCAUUGCACAUGUGCAGAACACACUGCAAAUGGAUUGUUUGAUCCAAGCCAUUAUUUUCUAUAACCUAUUAGAUUAGAGAAAUCUGUUAAAAGCACCAUUUUGUGUGUGUGUGUGUGCGCGCACACACUCAUUUACACAUCUUACAGCUGGCUGUUGCCCUAAUAGCCAGUCUUCGUUUGACAUUCCGCUGUGUGUGAAGUGAGGCUGACUGAGUAAUUUGGGAGUACUUUUCCCCCCUUUGGUCUUCAGUGCCACUGCUCUGUCGAAGGCAUCCUGUCUGACAUGCUGCCAUCCUGCUUUUCUGUUUACAUUCCUGAUACUGCAUAUCAGUGAUACCAUGUUUUUUUUAGGGGGUACAUUCAGGCAGCUAACGACUCUUAUGGGAUAUACAACACACUGAACUACUUCCUCCUGAGUCAUUGCUAUUUGUGUUGAAAAGAAGCUGGGAGGAGCUUGAAGCAGUAUUAGCUAAUUGACCUCAAACUUUGGCACAGUCUUUUAAAGUGAAGCUAUUGCAACAAGUUAGGGAAAUGGCCGAUAGUUGUUUUGACUAUUAAAGGACUGUUUCUUCUAGGGACUCUAGGGGGUGCUGCAUCCUCAUUAACUUGACAGAUACCUGGUCACUGGAAGCUUUCUUGCAUGCAGCCUUUGGCUGUUUGGUUAGUAGUGACAUCUCUUCAGUUCAGGUUGCCACGUGGUAAGCAAAGUCUGCCCCUAGACUAACACAGAAGCAUUAAGCACAUCUUGUUGGUUUUCCGCUUCCCUUUUUUCGUCUCUGAAUCUCUGUGAGAUCUGCUCACUCCUAGCUUAGCAAAUGAAGAAGGGAGCUUUGCCAUAUCUGAUAUCCGCACAACUGCAGUAAAGUGGCCAGCUUAGACGAUUUUCCUUUAGAACUGGUUAUUGAGUGUUUUCAUUUGAUUAUGCCCUGUCUUAGAAAUGACACAGCCCAUGGCUAAAAAUGGGGGGAAAGCCAGCUUGUUACAGAACUUGCUCGGUUGAGGCGGUGCAAAACUCAGCAUGCUUUAGCCUUUGGGGAGGUUACAUGUGCUUGAAGCUAGGAGGUACUUAAGAUAAUAGCUCAAUAACAUAUCAUAUAACCUGGCUUAUUUUAAGCUUGUUUUGGCCCUUUCUCUUACAAUUUCUAGUAAUGUGGACAAAAUUCUACCUGCCUGAUUUGAUGGACGUUGUUUGGUAGUGGAGUAAUACAGACACAAAAAGAAGCCAUUGCAUGGUGUCUUACAGCUGAAGCUGUUUGCUCGUGCUGUCUGGGGAGCUUUAUCUGCAAUGGGACUACCCUCCUCUGAAUGAAAACUGGUGGCAUUUCUGGCCAUCUUUCCACAGCCCAGUCCACUCCCCGUCACUUCUCUGUUGGAGUAGAAUGCAGCACAUGUGAACAACACCAAAACAUCCAACUAAGGUGAAUUGUUUAGGAUGUGGAAGUCUCAGCAAACCAAGUGGAGCAUGUUUCCAUAUCUAUCCAGAAGGUGGCACACAUUUCUCAGUGGAUGUUGACAUGGUGAAAAAUAAAUAGGUGUUAACAGUCAUCUAAGCUUUUGUGAAGCAGAGCUGUGAAAGUGGGGGCUGGGAUGUUACCUGCAGUCUUGAGAAGGGUGCAGCUCAGAGUCUGCUGCAGCAGGUUUGGCAAAAAUUUAAAAAAUACUUAUAUCUCCCUGUUAUGUUUCCCAAUCUGUUUUAAGUGGGAGGUUUUUAGCAUAAGCAGUUUUGGAUUAUAUGUCUUGAAGUCGAUACCUUAUUCGUGAUUUCAUUAUAAUUCGUGAUUUCAAUAUAAGCAAGCUGAUAUUAAGUUUUAUCCGGUUUCUGUCUUCAGUUUUUGAGAUCUUGAUGAUGACUGAAAAGGAGCCAUUCUAAAAGUGGUUUCCUGGGAGAUAAGUCCCUUCCUUGUAAUAAUAGGUUGGACAGCAACACUUGCUGGGUUGAGGAAGGGAGAAGUAUUGGCAGUAGCAAGAAGUGACAUGAAUGUAACUAGAAACAGCUUCCAAUGUAAUUCUUUGGGGUGCAGGCAAAUUUCUACCCACCUACAAUAGACUGCUGCAGUGCUAGAAUUUUCUUGGGAAUGUUUCAGUAAUUCACUGAGAACCAUGUACUUGUUGACAACCAAGACUCCCUAUUUCUCAUUGAGAUUAUUUAGCUUUUCUUGCAUAUGAAGAGAGAACAGAAGAGAAAGUCAAUAUUACCAUUAAAGAGUUAAAAACACCUCAUACUAGAAAUACUUUGUUUUAGGAAACCAUAAAAACUGCUUCAUUCAUUAAAUCAGCUGUUAAUCCCAGAACUGAUGUUAAGCACAGAAUUUAUUCUUUUUUAAAAAUAUAUAUUCUGAGGUGUUUACUUCUUCAUGUCUCUUGAAAUAAGUGUUCUAGUUCUCCUCCAAAAUCUGAAUAUGUAUAUUUUUGCCUCGCCAUCGUAAUGUGUUAAUAUCACAAGCAAGCAAGGCCUUUGCCCUCAUCUACAUACAGUUGGGGCAGAGGAACUCUGGUGUUGCAGAUACAUAUCUAGAAGGUGGACCAGCGGCCAGAUCUCAGCUGCUGUCUCCUCCCUCUCUCCCUCCAGGUUGCUGUGUGUCCCUUUGGUGUGUUUUGAGAUGAGCAUUGUACCUGGUUGUAACGAUACAUGUGAAUGUGCCUACUGCUCCUGACAAUGUGGUGAUGUUUAUUUCCCUGGAGGCAAUUGUAGCUUUUGUGCAAUGUGACUUCCCUUAACGUAUAGUUUAUGUCUCCCUUCCAUAAUUGAUGUCACUGAUGGCAGUUGUCGCUCUGUGUGUGUGUGUGUGUGUGUGUGUGUGUGUGUGUGUCUGUGGCCAUACAGAAAUCAAAUUGAAUUUUAACAGAAAAAUAAACUCUGGAUAUGACUUGACUCUUCAAUGCAGCCACAUGGCUAUUGGUGCUUCCUGUCUUAACUUUUCUGUAAGUAGUUGGUCCUGCAGCCAGCAACUUGUUUAAUUGGCCAUGUGCUGGGAUACUGAGAUCUUGGGUGUGACCACCUGCCACCAAAAACACCAGCACUCUACUUAGGUAGCAUGAUUCAUAAUGCCCCCUCCUUUAUUGCUGUUCUCCUAAGCACGAAAGCAGUCCCCCUCUCUAACAAGCAGGGAGACCAGCUUCUUGGAUGCAUCUUCCAAGGCAAUUAGCAUCAUCCUUAGAAAUCAACCAGGAAAAAGUUUCUGGCAGGGGCUCAGAUAGUACCUGAGUUUUAUUGCACAGGGCCUCUGAAAACUUGAAUGGGUUGCAUGCUGUUGAGUCCGCGAAACAAAACCUCUUGGACGAUCACAAUUCCACAUAAACUGGAUAUAAAUCUGGACAGCAUGAGAAAGCUAAUUACCAACUGAUUUGAAUAUGAUAAGCUAUGUAAACACAAGGCAGUUCAUCCCUUUGGACAAGGGGGAUCUUGUGGCAGUUGCUCAUACUGUAUUAACUAAUAUGCAGCAAGUAGGCCAUUACAGCUUGGCCUGUUUGUUUGUCUCCUGGACCACAAGCUGUAGAAAUAAAUUGUCAAGGUUGUCAC